AGGAGGAGAAGAGAAAGAAAAAAAACGAAAUAGUUCAUUGGAAUGAUUCCGAAAGUAACCUCGCACGCGUUCGCCGCCCUUCCGUUUUGCUCGUAUCCAUUGGUCGAUGAUCGCGCGCGAGGCUUCGCGCUUUUCUCUCGCGUCGAUUCAGUCUCAGUGCCGAGCACGACGCGAUCGGUACCGCAUAGAAGGAAAACUUCUUUAGACGUCUUCGUCUAAGAGAGAGAGCGAGAGAGCGAGAGAGCGAGAGAGCGAGAGAGAGAGAGAGAGAGAGAGGGAAAGAAAGGGAGUAGAUUGAAAAUGUGCUGAUUUAUUAUACCAGUGAAAGAGUUUCUUAUCGACAAAACAAAACAAAAGGAAAAUAAAGAAGAGAAAAGAAACGAAAAAAUAAGAAAAAAAAAAGAAAAAACAAGAAAACAAACAUCGGCCAGCUCGAUGAUGAAAUUAUUGGCAGGUGUGGAGAAGGUGAACGACCCAAUCGAGGACGAAUUGCCUAAAGAAAAGUCACAUAAUAAUAAUGAAGUUGAUGGGAUACAAGAUCAUCUUCAAGGUCUCAUCAGAAAGUGCGAUCACGUUCCGGCUGAUUCCUCGAUCAAGGCUGACAUAUCGCUGAACAAUAAUGAAGAAAAAUUGAGACGAUUGUUAGCGUUUAAAGAUGCACCCGAAUACCUGCAGCACAAUCCUUACAUACUACAUGGAUAUCGGGGAUACUUAACUACAAAAUUAUGUAUCGAAAGUAUAUUCUGGUGGACGAAUGAGACGAUCAACAUAUGGAGUCAUAUCUUUGGAUGGAUGCUGUUCUUCGGUUUGACCCUAUACGAUCUUUGCUUGUUAAAUAUACACGCGCCGUUUGGUGAUAAAGUGAUAGUAGCAUUAUUAUUGAUCUGUUUUCAGGUAUGCAUGAUCUUAUCAUCAGUUUAUCAUACAUUCUCCUGUCGAAGCGAAAAGGAUUAUUGGUGUUUUCUGUCUUUCGAUCUAUUUGGCAUAGCACUUAGCCUGUUAUCGAUUUACAUGUCCGGCGUUUACUAUGCCUUUUGGUGUCACAAGGAUCUACAAAAAUUUUAUUUGGUGACAGUAUUGGUUAUAUUCCUUUUCGCGAUGGUACUGCAGAUACCGAAAUUGAAUGUUAACGGGAACGUGAAGCUGAUUGUGUUCGUAGCUUGGGCAGUUUAUGGAGUAUUGCCAACGCUGCAUUGGAGUAUUGCAAUGGGCGGUAUGGACAAUCCUAUCGUUAGAAUGUUACUACCAAGGGUACUUGGGAUGUACACGAUUAGUGGUUUAGCAUUCGUUAUAUAUUUGACGAAGAUACCUGAACGUUUCUUACCUGGCUGGGUCGAUUAUGUUGGUUCGUCCCAUCAAUGGUGGCACGCGCUGGUCGUGUUGGCACUUUAUUAUUGGCACAAUACCGGCAUGCUCUAUGUCGAAUAUAGAAUGAACCACGGGUGUCCUGCUAAUAUGAAAUUAUGACAUACGGAUAAUGACGAUCCAUCUGUACCGCGCUUCAGUAUGGAGUGUGCUUGCGCGAUGGAGAUGAACUUCGCUUGGCUGGCUUUGCAAAAACAAUUGUCCUCAUAUAAUUUUGACGAGGGUAUCGCGAGUGUCUGCUUCCUGGAGAAUCCUUUCAAGAUCUACAUGAAAGGAUAAAGAAGAAAGGCAGAAGUUGAUAAGAUGACGUGGCGAAAGGAUUGAUAACGAGAUUGGUAGAUGAAGAAGGUGGAAAAGAGGAAGGAAUUGGUGUGGGAAGGGUUGAGAAUAGGGAUGGGGUUUAGAAAGAAAGAAAAAAAAAAAAGGGGGAAAUAAAAUUAUUUUCCGGAAGAGAGAAAAAUGAUUUUAUUUCAGAGGACGUAGCCGUGGAAAGUGAAUUUUUCGUCACACAAAUGCAUGAUUCAGAGAGAUAGAGAUGGAUAGAUAGACAGGGAAAGAGAGAGAGAAAGAGAGAGAGAGAGAGGAAGAUAAAUAAAAGAGCAUAAGAGCGUGCGUGUACAAGACUUGAUCGUCAGAAGAUAAUCUUUUCGUUUGUGCGUAAAAAAAAAAAAAAAAGAAAAAA